AUUCAGUUCAGUUGUAAGAGGUCACUGAGACAGUACAAGUCUGUGUAGUUCUACUCUACUAAGGCCUCAGCAUAAAAAAACUUUGAAAACAGCUGUUUAUUUAGUUUAACUGAUAAACUUUGCUUGUAAACUUCAGCAAAAAAAAACCAACUGGAUUCAAAGCAGCUGUCCAACAUUGCUAGUCUUAUCAAUUUCAUAUCUGAAGUCGACAAGGUCCAGGUGCAAGUCUUCAAUAGUAGUAAUCAUUUCACACUGAGCCUGACAACAUAUCGGCAAGCAGAACAGUUCUAUAUUGCCGAAAUAUUAGUUCAGUAAAGGAAGAUUCUUGAAACAAAACGUCGUUCAUCUCAAGCGCCCAAGYCCCAACGAAUCGAAGACAAYGAUGAGCAACGUGACYAUUGCAAACCAAUCGUCUGUUUCAAACCAAGCUCCGGCCCCAGAACCUGGUCCUGAUUGGCCAAUAGCAAGGGUAGAAUGGGGUGCGUGCUGGAAGAUUCACUGGGCAGGAAUUGGUGUCGUCUUUGCUCUUUUAGCAAUCCAUUCUCUUAUUGCGAUACUCAUGGCUGAUACGAGUAAGGCUUUAACGAGAAGACUUUUGUUCUAUGCCAUUAAURCCCUCCUAUUCGUAUUCGGGAUGAGUCGAGCCCUGUAUCUGUGGAUUGAUCCUUAUGAAUCAGGCGAACAUGGCUUUAAAUGCGAGUURUGGGYGUCUAAAGCCAUUUUUGGUAUCGCUUUCCCUUGCCUGACGUCUGCUUUUUGCCUGAUUCAUGUCGGAUUUCUGGAAGUUUCUAAAWUGGACCUCGGUUCCAAGAAACUUCAUAGCAUUCCCUUUGUAUCGUCUGUCAUAGUUUUACAUUUCUGUAUAGUUCUUGUCUCGGACAUCACUGUAGCGCUGAGGGCAGAUAUGAAAGCACUUUUGAUAGUGUGUCAAUCGUUCUUUAUCGUCUGGGGUUUCCUUAACUCAAUCGCCUUCUUGUACAGCGGUGGUCGAUUUCUUCGCGACGCUAGACAAACUAGAAAGGUACUAAGAGAAAUCACUAACACUGCAAACCAAGAAUCACGCUCGUGCAACUUGUCUAAGGUUGCAAAGAUAACUCUAGUUACAACAGUAUUCGGGUUUCUUAUUAGUGGUAUUCAGGUGUAUUCUAUGGCUGGAGUCUAUGGGAUGUAUUCCCAGAUAGUUAACCCUUCACCUUGGCCUUGGUUUGUCUAUCAGACAGGUUUUCGACUAGUGGAGAUCGUUAUGGGAUGUUGCUUGGCGUAUACUGUUACCCAGCCAUCACAAAUUCAUCAGCCCAGUUUAGUAUGGAGGGUAUUAUGUUGGAAGAGAACACGCGUUGUAAGYCUGAAGUCGACAACUAGACGAAUAGAGGUGGCCUCUUCAAAACUUUCAAAACUCUAACGAACUUGUCUUUGUAAUACCUAGAGAGAGCUUCGUCAAGACAGCUUGUGUUUGUUCUAGCUUUGUAAUAGUGGGGAUACAUGACUUUAAGCUCUCACUCUCGAACAGCCGGGAACUGCUCGAAAAAAAAGAGAAUACGCACUUAUCUUUGUCUUUUAUUAUCUUCAGAAAAAAAACUAUGGUACUUAWAACUUUUUGCAAAGCAUGAAAUCAGAUAGAUUAAAUCAAGAUAUAUCUAUGAAAGUGUUUCUAGCGGCCUCCUUUAUAAAUACAAGAUGGCGGCYACAUCCAUGUACAUAUGCCUAGACCUAAGAUUCAUUAGUUCCUAYAAUUCAUAUACUAACAUAAACAUAGCUGAACUGGAUUUAAUAAAAUGUCCGAGUCAAAGCGUUAAAUUAUUUGUGAAUAAAAGUUGUUGUUGUUGUUGUUUUGUUUUUUGUUUUUUUGGUCUGUUUAGUUUGCAGAUGCAAAAUAGAGAAUCAGAACCAGGACCUGACUACUACUCAUAACUCUGAUUAUACUGGAACAGGCCAUGAGUCACAAAUAUCAUGGCCAUGACAAACUUGAUUAAAUAGAUAAAAAAGAUCACAAUCUGAAAGACUUGAAGAAGAUUAUGAUUAGAAAUGAAAAAAAAUAAUUAGAAAAAAUCUGAAAAAG